UGGUACGACUCCUUUCCUUCUCUUUCUCUCUCGCCGUUGGACAUGGAAGAUAUAGCUUGGUAACGCUGAAACUAAUUUCUAAAUAAUUUGUAAAAUGUUUCGAAGUUUGUCGGGUUUUAAAUCUGUUUUAAGUAUUUCGAAGCUUUUGGAAGCUAAAGUUGCAAUUUCUGACACUUUUCAUAGUUGUUCUUAUCUGACAUUUAGUGGUUUUCAUGAAAGUUGCUUAUUCUCCAUUGUCAGACAGUUUCAUUCCAGUUUGCCACGUAAGAAGGACGAUAAACGAUCUUUAAUAUCCUCAGCCCCAGUGAAAGAUGAUGGAACAUCAGGCGAGAGAGCUAUAAAUAUUGACGCCAUCAUUCAAAGUCGAAGAGAUAUGUUUCCGACUGAAGAAACUCCUGAUACGCUAUUCAGAGGGACACCCUUUAAAGAAGUCCCUAUCGUGAAUAUACGAGUUUCUCGAAAUAACACAAUUUUUUCUUUGUCUGAUGGAAAAACGGGUGAAGUAAAAGUGUACAGAUCAUGUGGUGUUGAAGGUUUUAAAAAUACCCGAAAGGGUACAAAUAUAGCAGCUCAAGCAACUGCUAUUAGCUUUACCUCGAUGAUCCUGAACAAAGGAUUCAAAACUGUUAGAGUGAGAGUUCAAGGAUUAGGACCUGGCAGAAUGUCAUCUAUCAAAGGACUUCAGAUGGGAGGUCUGGAUAUUAUAUCUGUGACUGAUAGCACCAGAGUUUCAGAAAAUCCACCACGACCUCGUAAAAGAAGGCGACUUUAGAUUUUUUAUGCAUGGUUUACAAUUAGUAUUACAGUUUGUACAUUCGGUUAAUAACUUUUUAAUAAAAUAAUCAUUUAUAAA